AUGGGUUCUUGGAGAUUAUUACUAGUGCCCUUGAUAGUUAUAUAUUUAACUGAUGCCAGCGGCAGAAGAAAGUGGCUGGAUAAUGAGGUCAUCAGUCAACUCAAUUGGGACUUGAAUCUGACAUUAAACAUAUAUAUGGAUUGGGAUCGUGACCAUCUAUCCCUCACUAAAAAAUUGCUGCAUACGGAUGUGCCAAAUAUGUUGCUUGGAGGCAGCAAUGCGAUGAAUUUAAAACUACUGGGAACCUUUACGGAACGUGCUCUGACUAUAGUCUACUUAAAGGAAUCAACAUUAAACCAGACCCUGAGUGAGGUCGUGAAAGUGCUCUGGCAACUGCAUCAUUUGCCUCUGCUUUUCAUUCUCCCAACAGAAGAGGAUUCUGUGCUGGAGACCCUCUUUGAACGUGCACUCCACAAUGGAUUCCUGCAUGUGUUGGUGCUUCAUGGAGAUAACCUUUAUACAUAUCAGCCAUAUCCCACUAUAAGGUUAACACAAAUUCAGAGUUUGGAGGAAUAUCAUUAUUUGACAAAACUGAAGAAUCUAGAAGGCUUGGAUGUCUUUAUUACUCGUGAGACCGUCUCGCCACGUUGCUUUAAUUACACCGAUCGUCGGGGACAGCUCGUCUACGCCGGUUACAUGUACAACAUUUUGCAUACAUUUAUCAAAUUUUAUAAUGGCACGGAGCGGGGAAUCUUUGAUGGAUUGAAUCCCAUACCAUAUGAUCUGGCCCUUGAAGCUUGUCUCGAACGACGAAUCCAUUUUGCGUCCCGUGUGAUCCCGCCGUUUGGGUGGAGGUAUUAUAUUCCAAGCACGACACUUUAUAACUUGAACACUUAUGUAAUAGUGCCUCAUGCAGCACGCCUUCCCAAGGCCUAUUACUUCCUGCGACCAUUCGAUGUCGUACUUUGGACGAUAAUCAUCUUCUCCAUGAUCUACAAUACAAUACUUAUUAACUGGAUAUAUCGCCAUAGGCAGCCUGGUUAUAGCAUUGCAGCUACAUUCCUGGAGGUGCUGCAGUUUCUGUGCUUUCUUUCAAAUUCUCAUACUUAUCACUACAGCAAAGGCUGGAGACAGGUGUUAAUUUUUUUAACCAUGACCCUCUUUGGGUUCAUGUUGACCAAUCUUUACUUGGCAUUACUUUUAAGUAUGCUAACAUCUGGCUUAUAUGAGCGGCAGAUGAACUCAUUAGAUGAUCUGUCUUUCACUCAACUACCUCUUAUAUUGGAUUACCUAGAUAUCGAGAUAAUGAAAAAUAGGUCUGGCAUCCAUCCUCAAAUACUUUCCCAUGCCACGACGGUAACAGUUGAAAAGCUGACCACAGAACGCCUUCGACUCAAUGCCAACUACUUGCAUAUGGGCUAUAAAGAUAGAGUAGAUUUUGUUCUCUAUCAGCAAAAGUUUUUACGGGUACCUAUUUUACAGAUGAUUGAUGAGGUUACGUAUGUGAUGCCCUUUUUUGUGCCCGCGGCAUUAGCUCUUCCGUAUUUGGAACUCUUCAAUUUCUAUUUGAGGAGUAUUUGGGAGUCCGGAAUCUUUAGAAAAAUGUACACAGACUCUUUUGAGGAGGGCAUCCUAAGCGGAGAAAUUUCUUUUCGAAUCACCAAGACAAUGGAAGUUCAAACAUUUGAUACGGAAUUUUAUUAUUUCGCCUACACCCUAUUGGCGAGUGGUUGGGUAUUGGGUUUUGUGGUCUUCAUCGGAGAGCAUUUGAUGGAGAGGUGGAGAAGGUGGAAGCAGCAAAGGACUAGUUUUGGGCAACAUUAA